AUGUCUCUUUUCCAAACCAUCAAGACCCCGGUGGUCACAUACGAACAACCUCUCGGACUCUUUAUCAACGGCGAAUUUGUCAAAGGAGUUGACGGCAAAACAUUUGAAACAAUCAACCCUCAUGAUGAGAAGCCUAUUGUUGCCGUCCACGAAGCCACAGAGAAAGAUGUUGAUAUUGCCGUACAAGCCGCCCGCAAGGCACUUGACGGUGAUUGGAAGCAGAUAACUCCAUCUGAGCGGGGUCGUCUUCUUACUCGCCUUGCUGACCUGCUAGAGCGUGACAUUGAGACGGUCGCAGCUAUUGAAGCCCUUGACAAUGGAAAGGGUGUGACUUUGGCCAAGGGCGAUGUCACUGCUUCUGCAGGAUGUAUCCGGUACUAUGGAGGCUGGGCUGACAAGAUUUAUGGACAAACAAUCGACACCGACCCGAACAGUCUCACCUAUACUCGACAUGAGCCUAUUGGUGUCUGUGGGCAGAUCAUUCCAUGGAACUUCCCUCUGCUGAUGUUCGCGUGGAAGAUUGGCCCUGCGCUUGCCACUGGAAACACCAUUGUCCUGAAAACAGCUGAGCAGACACCCCUUUCUGCUCUCUAUGUCGCUGGCCUUAUCAAGGAAGCUGGCUUCCCCGCGGGUGUAGUCAAUGUUAUUUCAGGCUAUGGUAGGACUGCGGGCGCAGCAAUCGCUGCUCAUAUGGAUAUUGACAAAGUUGCGUUUACUGGCUCGACCUUGGUAGGUCGACAGAUUAUGCAAACAGCUGCUAAGAGUAACCUGAAGAAGGUGACUCUAGAGCUUGGUGGAAAAUCGCCAAAUAUUAUUCUUCCAGACGCAAACCUCGAGGAGGCGGUAGGAUGGGUGAACUUGGGCAUUUUCUUCAACCAUGGACAGUGCUGCUGCGCCGGCUCUCGCAUUCUUGUGCACGAGGCCAUUUACGAUAAAUUUAUCGAGCUUUUCAAGCAGCGCGCGGAGCAAAACAAGGUUGGAGAUCCGUUUAAGGCCGACACUUUCCAAGGACCCCAGGUGUCUCAACUGCAAUAUGACAGAAUCAUGGGAUACAUUAAGGAUGGAAAGAGUGCAGGAGCCAAGGUUGUCACUGGUGGUGAUCGCCAUGGAAGCGAAGGGUACUACAUUCAGCCCACGAUCUUUACCGAUGUCCAUGAGGACAUGACCAUUGUCAAGGAAGAGAUAUUUGGACCCGUAUGUACGGUGCAGAAGGUUCGUGAUGAAGAAGAAGCCAUUCGUGUGGCAAACAAAACCAAUUACGGCCUGGCUGCAGCUGUUCAUACCACAAAUGUCAAUACGGCCAUCCGGGUGUCGAACGCUAUCAAGGCAGGAACUGUCUGGGUCAACAACUACAACACCCUUCAUUACCAGAUGCCAUUUGGAGGCUUCAAGGAAUCAGGAGUUGGUCGAGAGCUGGGCUCAUAUGCCCUCGAGAACUACACAGAGGUCAAGACAGUUCGCAUUCAUAUUUCCAAGUCCUAG